AAAUCGACGAAAAAGAUGUCGGACUGGGACUCUGUGACUGUUCUGCGGAAGAAGGCACCCAAAUCGUCGACCCUCAAGACAGAAUCGGCGGUCAACCAGGCGCGCCGCCAAGGAGUCGCCGUGGAUACCCAACAGAAGUAUGGUGCUGGCACCAACAAGCAGCAUGUGACCACCAAGAACACUGCCAAACUGGACCGCGAGACAGAGGAGCUGCGCCACGACAAGAUCCCUCUCGAUGUGGGCAAGCUCAUCCAACAAGGACGACAGGGCAAGGGCCUCAGCCAAAAGGACCUGGCAACUAAAAUCUGCGAAAAGCAGCAAGUGGUAACCGACUACGAGGCCGGUCGCGGUAUUCCAAACAACUUGAUUCUGGGUAAAAUGGAACGCGUUCUUGGCAUUAAGCUGCGCGGCAAGGAGCGCGGCCAACCAAUAGCGCCUCCCGGUAAAAAGUGAGAUGAUGCUGCCGCGUCCGCCGCCAGUGGUGCUCCACACACGGCCACCUCAGCACGCAGUGCCCGGCAACAGAACCAUCAACACCCGGAUUCUGGAGGCUGGAGCACUGUAAGCGGCAGACGCAAAUGAAGCAUUAUCGGGAGGCUGGAGAACCAAAUCAAAUCGGGUCAUACAGCAGCAGCUGCCGACGCAGCAAACACAGAAGAAUACAAAACCGAAGAUCUAACUAAUCACCACUAUGAAUGAGCGCCAAUUUUUCAGUUUUUUUUGUUUGUCCAAGCCAAGGGUUUAGCGACAUUCGCCGCGCUUGCCUCUUUGCCGAUAAAUUAACCAUUGUAAUUACCCACAAUACAUACAGUCACACACGAGAUGCACACAAGCCGGAAACGGAAGCGAAGACGGACGUGAAACGCAAAAGACUAAUCUGAUAUUAACGCGCUCAUAGCUUGGAGUAGUGUUAUUCGUUCAUUUUGGCAUUAGAGUAUGUUUUGAAACUUGAUCUAAGUUAUGGAAUUAAAACCAAGACAUAAAAAGCAUGGAAAACA